UACUCACUCUCAGUGAAAGCUUGUUGUUGUUGCUGAGUCUUCCUCUUCAUUUCACUUUUCUUUCACUUGUCUCAAGCAUAUAUCCUCACAAACGUUUGUUUCUCACUGCUUCUCUUAGGAAAAAAUGAGUCUAUAUGAUGAGGAUGUUGCUUCAGGGAGCAAUGGAGUACUAACAGUAGCCAACGGAACGGCCAUCUAUGAUGAUCCUCGAUUACUGGGAUCACUGUCUCUCACGAGGCAAGAUUCGUUCAUGGUGCAAGAAGUAGAAGAAGAAGUAACAGUCCAGGCUCCCAUUAUUUCGGAAUACAAUCACCAAAUUCGACCUUUGCUUGAUGCCAUUGACAGGCUCAGGCUACUAAACGUCAUGAAAGAAGGCAUACAACUCCCCACAAUUGUUGUAGUUGGGGAUCAGUCAUCAGGGAAGUCUAGUGUUCUUGAAUCACUUGCUGGUAUUAGUCUUCCUCGAAGUCAGGGUAUUUGUACUAGAGUACCCCUCAUAAUGAGGCUGCAAAGUCAUCGAAGUCCAACGCCAGAGCUUCACUUGGAAUACAGUGGCAAGCAAGUUCCUGUAGAGGAAUCCCACAUCGCAGCAGCCAUAAAUCUUGCAACUGAUGAGAUUGCAGGCAAUGGUAAGGGCAUAUCCAACACCCCACUUACUUUAGUGGUGAAAAAGGCUGGGGUUCCGGAUCUUACCAUGGUUGAUCUGCCUGGAAUAACUAGAGUGCCUGUUCACGGACAGCCUGAAAAUAUCUAUGAGCAGAUCAGAGAUACUAUCAUGGAGUACAUUACACCCGAGGAAAGCAUUAUCCUCAAUGUUUUGUCUGCAACUGUGGAUUUUUCCACCUGUGAAUCCAUUAGAAUGUCACAGAUAGUGGACAAGACCGGUGAGAGAACUAUUGCUGUGGUUACCAAGGCUGAUAGGGCCCCUGAGGAGCUUCUUGAGAAGGUGAGUGCUGAUGAUGUUAAUAUAGGACUUGGUUAUGUUUGUGUUAGGAAUCGUAUUGGUGAUGAAUCAUAUGAAGAAGCAAGGAGGGAAGAGGCUAGAUUGUUCCAGACUGAUCCACAUCUGUCUAGGAUUGAUAAAUCAAUUGUAGGUGUUCCAGUGUUGGCCCAAAAACUUGUUGAAAUUCAGGAAAGAAUUAUUGCAAGGUGCUUACCUGUGAUGGUGAAAACCAUUACUGACAAGCUGAAUGCAAAUGUUUCAGAGCUGGAAAAAAUGCCCAAGGUUUUGACCUCUGUUGCAGAUGCCCUGACAGCUUUUAUGAGGAUCAUUGGAGCAGCCAAAGAAUCCCUCAGGAAACUUCUUUUGAGAGGGGAAUUUGAUGAAUACCCUGAUGAUCGUACCAAGCAUGGUACUGCUCGUUUGGUUGAAAUGCUCAACGAGUUCUCUAUUGAGCUUCACAACUCUGAGGAAACUGAACCGACAAAAGACUUUUUAGUAGAGGAGAUCAAGGUUUUGGAAGAUGCUAAAGGAAUUGGACUACCAAAUUUCCUUCCUCGCAAUGCAUUCCUUCGUAUCCUGCAGAAAAAAGUUGAUCACAUUUCCAUUAUGCCCAUUGAAUUUGCUCAAAAUAUUUGGAACUACAUAGAUAAAGUUGUGACCUCUGUUUUGACGCGCCACUCUGAAAUAUAUUACCAGCUUAAAGGAUCUACAAAGAGAGCAGCUCAUAAUCUCGUUGAAAAGAUGAGAGAGCAGUCCAUCAACAGGGUUAAGGAGAUCGUGCAGAUGGAGAAGCUAACGGAUUAUACUUGUAAUCCUGAUUACAUGUCGGAGUGGACUAAGCUCAUGACUCAACAAGAAAAUUUCAUCAGGAAUGUAAAUUCUAUUCUAAACAAGUCGUACGGGACUCCUAGGGUGAGUCUUGAAGGUUUUGGGGAUAUUGAAGUUGAGCAUCUCAGGCAGCAUCCCAAUGUUAUGCAGCAAGCUUUCGACCUGAAGAUGAGAAUGACUGCAUACUGGAAGAUUGUUCUGAAAAGGUUGGUUGAUUCCAUGGCAUUGCAUUUGCAGUAUUCUGUUCAUAAUCUUGUGAAUAAUGACAUUGAGGAGAUUGUGAAUGAGAUGAUGGAGCCAGAUGGACGUGGAAUUGAAAGGAUGUUGGUGGAAUCUCCUGCAAUUUCUGGAAAGCGAGAGAAGCUGAAAAAGAGCAUCAAACUGUUGAAGGAGUCCAAAGAUGUGGUGGCCAAGAUCAUGGACAGGAUUGCUGGUUAUGAUGAUUAGGUGCUUAGUAUCUUAAGGUUUGCUUUAUUUUGUGUUUAAUGUGUAAUGAACUUAUCUAAGUGAAGUUAUAAUAUUUAGUAUCUUAAGGUUUGCUUUAUUUUGUGUUUAAUGUGUGAUGAAUUUAUUUAAGUGAAGUUUAUAA